CGCAUCAAUCCAGUCGCCAGAUCGCAGCUCGCGCCUCAAAUCAGCAAAAAUGGCCCCCACCAAGAAGAGCAAGAAGGAUGCCAACAGCAUCAACUCCAAGUUGGCGCUUGUUAUGAAGUCCGGAAAGGUCACCCUCGGCUACAAGUCUACUCUCAAGUCUCUGCGAUCCGGCAAGGCCAAGCUGAUCAUCAUUGCUGGCAACACUCCUCCUCUCCGAAAGAGCGAGCUCGAGUACUACAGCAUGCUGUCCAAGGCCCCCAUCCACCACUUUGCUGGCAACAACAUCGAGCUGGGCACCGCCUGCGGAAAGCUCUUCCGAUGCUCCACCCUCGCCAUCCUGGAUGCUGGUGACUCUGAUAUCCUCAGCGACCAGCAGGCUUAAGCGGCCAACAUCUAGUGCAUUCAAAACGGCGUUGGGGGUAAAACGGUUCAAGGGCAAUAUGGAUACCAUUACACUUUGACACUUUCGUGUGUCAGGCGAAAAUCUUUGAUGCGAAACAUCAUCUACCAGGAAGGCAAUUCCUUUGGGUACAAAAAACCCAGAAAUUUUCCAGUGGUAGUUAUUUCAAUGGAAUAAUACAGCCACGAAGACUGUUCCCCCUGUC